CAGCUGUGCGGCGGUUUAGUAGUACUUAGACGCCGGAGAGAAAGCGGAGUGGACCGGCUCGUGUCGUUGUCUUAUUUCAGAUUUUUUUCCCCUGACAUUUAUUUUACGGGAGGAGAAAGUCUGUUGUUCGCUUCGUCUACAUCUCACCGACAGAAGAAAUGGAGAUAGAGAAGGAAGUGAAGAAGAUGACCCUGGGCCACGAGCUUGGCGCUGGAGCAGCCUGUUUGAAAUGCAAGGACAAGUGUGAAGGCUUCGAGCUGCAUUUUUGGAGGAAAAUCUGCCGAAACUGCAAAUGUGGCAUCACGGAGCACGACGUGGUGAUGAACUCGGAGGAGAACAAGAAGGUCGGGAAGUUGUUCGAGGACACAAAAUACACUGGCCUCAUCGCCAAGUUGAAGACAGAUGGCAUCCCCGGCUACAAGGGCAACAUGGUGACCAUCACUCUGCCCGCUCUUGCCACUGCUCACAUCAUACCACCUAGUGCUUCUUCCACUGUUGUACCCCCCUCUGCCACCGCCGGCUCUGCACAGCCUGCUGGAGCAUUUGCAGGCACAGCAGCACCCAGCAGGGCUCAGGCUCCGGGUCAGGCUCCGGGUCAGGCUCCGGGUCAGGCUCCGGGUCAGGCUCCGGGUCAGGCUCAGGGUCAGGCUCAGGCUCAGGCUCAGGCUCAGGCUCAAGCUCAAGCUCAAGCUGCACCAGCAAGUGUCACACCACUUAAGGCUAAUAAAUUGCCUGUCUCUGUCAGUACCACAGCAGCCAAUGUGACACCAGUUCAAAAGGAAGUGCCAAUGCAGUCUGUCACCUAUGAGUGGGCACCACCAGUAGCUAAUAGAUAUCUGGCAGCGCAGUACAUUCAGCUGCUCCCACCAGAGAAACGCCCGGUGGCCGGGACAGAGGGAGCUGCCUACCGCCGUCAGCAGAUGGCUCGGCAGCUGCCGGAGCACGACCAGGACCCGUCUAAAUGCCACGAACUGAGUCCUGCUGAAGUCAAGCUAAUGGAGCAGUAUGUCCGCAAAUACAAGGACGAGGCCCUGGGGAUCGGAGACGUCUUGCUGCCUGAGGAGAUGGCUCUGGUUCGGGCAGGAGGGCAGGGUGGAGGGGUUGGAGCUACACCUGGUGCUGGAGGGGCAGGCUUUGGCCCACAAUCUGGUGUUGGUGCUAAUGGUCAAGGGGUUGGGUUAAGAGCGGGAGUUGGUGGUUCUCAUGCUGGAUCUGGGCCAGGGGCUGCAGGCCGUGGUGUUGGACCAAUGGGGGGAGCUGGAGGUGCUGGGACUGGACCAUCUGUUGGAGGAGCCAUGGGAACUGCUGCUACUGCUGGAGCCAUGGGCGUCCCUGGAGCUCAGCAAUCUGGACUACCACAACAGAACUUUUCGUGCCAUCACUGCCAGCAGCCGAUGCGUCGAGGUGAACCCGCCGUCUACGCCGAGCGCGCUGGCUACGACAAGCUGUGGCAUCCAGCGUGCUUCGUGUGCUGUAACUGUCAGGAACUCCUGGUGGACAUGAUCUACUUCUUCAAGAAGGGCAAGCUGUACUGCGGACGUCACUAUGGAGACAGCGAGAAGCCACGCUGCGGAGGAUGUGACGAGCUGAUCUUCAGUAACGAGUACACUCAGGCUGAGGGACAGAACUGGCAUCUGAAGCACUUCUGCUGUUUCGAAUGUGACUGCAUCCUCGCUGGAGAGACGUAUGUCAUGGAGAAUGAAAAGCCCGUCUGCAAACCCUGCUACAUGAAGAACUACGCUGUGAAAUGCGCAGCCUGCCAGAAUGCGGUGGAUCCUGAGGCCCAGAGGGUUUCCUACGGGGAGCACCACUGGCACGCUGAGCCACAGUGCUUCAAGUGCUCCGGCUGUUCCAAGUGCCUGGUGGGCCAACGCUUCAUGGCAGUGCAGGGCUUCCUCUUCUGCUCCGUGGAGUGCAAGAAGAAAGUCAUGGCUUAGUGCGUCAGAACUACUCUUCAUCUGUGCCGCAACCGCUUGUGAAACCGGGACAGGUUUGGCUAAAACUAGAACCAGAGCAGGGGAAAACAAACACCUGUGCAGCUGCAAGGUCACACAUGGAUUGUGCUUGUGUUAACAGGAAAUCGAGCACCUGAUACCGCUGUUGAAGAGAUGUAUUAGAAAAAAAAUAAUGUUGGUGCUCUUUACUUUUUUUUCCUUUCUGUACAUGAAAAAUGAUAAAUUUGAUAAAUUUGUCUCAGCUAGGAUGAAACCUAAACACUCCUCUGCCUUAAAACCACUCCAUUUUUGUUUGUCUGUCAUUUUUGUACUGAUGAGAUUCAUUCUGUAUAGGUAACAGGUGAGAGUCCAGUUUUUUUUAAAGCAUUAAUCUGUCUGUUAAGCACUAUUCUACUCCAUAAGUACCAAGCGUUGUUUGAAAGAGCCACCUUUUCCUGCUUUUGUCAUACAACAAACUACUGAUGCUCUUUAUCCUGCAGUAUUAAGACAAGCUACUGUGUUAGCCAGGUUUGAGGUUGUUUUAACCUCACUGAAUUGAAGUGAAAAACUCAACAUUUGUCCAAACGAUAACUUCUUAAGUCUAUAAUAUCUUAAGUAUAUAUUUGCCACUUUAUCUCGUUGUUAGACAACCUUUGCAUCAUGGAAACUAAAGUUUGUGUCAUUUUGUAAACCAUUCUCUCCGUGUGCCUAAGUCCACAGAAUAAAAGCUUUCAGGAGAUCUUUAACUUCAAAUGCAUGAUUUUAUGAAUUUGGUGUUUGACCAUCAGCUUGUGUCCCCACAAGCUAAAACGUCUCUGUGGACUUUGGUACAGAAGAGUGAGCAGCCUUAAGAUAUCAUGGCCUUCAGUAGGUGUAUUUGUUUUUUUGUUAAGUUGCUAAAAGAUGUAGUUCCUUGUGUCCUCACUGACGUUUUGACAGCGCUGUCAGUGCUGACCCCGUGUCAGUACUUUGUAUAAAUACACCUGAAAAAUCCCUUUUAAGGAAAUAAAAAUGUGACGGUACAUUGUGCUCAGGUAUAGAAGACAUGUUUGUAAAGUCAUUGCCAUAGUGAAUGUUCAUGUGACUAAACAAAGACUUGGAUUAAUGAAAUAAUAAUGAAUUAAUAACAAUACUAAACUGAUGAUUUCAUUCAAUACACCACAAACAAAUAUUCACUGGUAUAUUACAUUUGUUUCUACUGUUAUUUAUUAGGUUCCCCAGUUCUACAAAUUGGCCUUUGUAUUUACAUUUGUAAAUAAAAUAAACAACACUUGUGUGCUGAAUAUAAAUCAUUAAUUAUAAAAACAAAUGGUUUAAGUCCAACAAAUGAUGACCUAUCUAUGUAAUGUGUGACUAUGUUUUCCCUCUGCAGUCACUUGGAAGGUAGGAGUUUAUCUUUAGAAAUAAAAACACUGCUAAGUUUCUAAUUAUUUCCAGGUUUAGUACAGUGAGGAAAAACACUGCACUUCUGUCAUGUUUGUACAUUGUAUUUUCCUUUACAUGCAAUAAACUGCACUUUAAAAACUG